CCACAACUGCUUAUUCCCGUGCAGUUCCUUUCUUCAACUCGUCGUACAGCAUUCUCGGUCAUUUAUUUCUUGACAGUUUGUUCCUUCCUUCCGUAAUGCGUCGUUAAUGCACCGAACCGUAUCCUCCAGUGCACCACUGGAUUCGAAUGCCGCAGUCUCCCGCCUGCGCCCUUGACUCGGUCUCAACCAACUCAACUCUGUUUCUGGUCUGCACUACCGGCUCUCUAUCCUACACCAACAAUGGCGACUAGGUCGAGGGGUCCCGUCAAUGCGGCCCAUACAGCCGGCAUCUUUGCCGACAGUAGUUUUGACGGUCCAGAAAUCGGCACUCUGGUAGCGGUUGUUGAUCGAGCCAAGAACCUCCCAAACCGAAAAACAAUGGGUAAACAAGAUCCUUAUUGUGCUAUGAGACUGGGAAAAGAAGCAAAAAAGACAGAAACCGAUAGAAGAGGUGGACAGACUCCUAGAUGGGACCAGGAACUGCGAUUCACCGUUCACGAAUCCCCAGACUACUUCAAACUCAAGUGCUCUAUCUUCAACGAUGACAAAAAGACGGACUUGAUCGGCGAGGCUUGGAUGGACCUGCACGAUGUCAUCGUUCCUGGAGGUGGAAAGAAUGACUUGUGGCAUCAAUUGAAUUUCAAGGGAAAAUAUGCUGGUGAUAUCCGAGUCGAACUCACCUACUACGACACCCGGCCCAGGCCCGAGACGCCCUCAACAUCAGAGAAAAAGCGACAAAGACUUCGAGAAAAGUCCCUACAAUCCACCGGUGAUACUGGUCUAAACAACGCUCCCGGUGCGAGACAGUUGGGACCCAGAGAGAUUACAAGACGACCGCUACCACCCGGCCCAGGAGGUGCUUCAUCACCUGUCAACCUUCCCCACACUCCAGAACAACAGCCUUCACCUAUCCAGACCGACUAUCCGCCCGAUGUUUGGGUUCCUGAGAGGAGCAACAACACCAAUGCCAUGCUACAUCCGCGGAAACACGCGGUCAUGCCUGAAACUCCAGACGAUAUCGGCUUUGAUAUGCCAAACCAAUACCCUCCACAGCCCUACGAUCAAUCUCCUUCACACCAAUACGACCCAUCAGUAGAUACCCGGCCUUCUCAUCAUUCACACCAGAAGAGAAAUUCCCAACAGCAGUACUCUCCCUACUCAGAAUCAAACGUGCAAGCCAGCCCUCGACGCGACGAUUUCCGCAGAAGCCAGGGCUAUGGCCCUGAUCGAUAUGGCAAUUAUGAUGCUUACGCUGCAGAACAAAGUGACCCCCUCCCUCACGACCACUCAUCCAGAAAUUCCAUCGGUCGUCCUCCAAGCAAUUUCGACUCCACGACACCCCCCCAAUCUCCCCAAGCACCCAUAAAUACCUCUCCUUACCACUCAUCUCCCCCUCACAGAACUUCUCCACAACCUCCUGCUCUGACAAAUGCACAAUCACAGUCAUGGCAGAGAAGAGGGAGUGCUUCGCCAACCAAACACGCCCCAUACCGAGACAGCCCCUUACGCCAAUCCAUCAGCCAAUACGAAGUACCACAUCAGAGACAUGACCAGGUUGCAGCCGAGAGCGGAGAGGAUGAAGCUCCGCCUCCGCCUCCUGCUCAUGGUGGUCAGAUGGUCAGAAUUCCAGACGGCUUCAGCUCUCCUCAGAGACCGAGCCCCAACUAUGCUCCCCACACACCAACCAAGCGAGGCUCUGUCGAAGAUAGAAGUCCUCUGCAGCGACUAGAGCAUCAUCCUUAUCCUGACCAAGGCUUAGAUGAUCAAACCCAAGACAGACGCCAGUCACCAAUGCAACCAUUAUUCCUCACCUCAUCCAAUGAUUAUGAACCUUAUCGACCAGAUGUCGUACAGGACGCAUAUCAUCAGCGGCCAAUACAACAUACUUUGUCCAAUAACAUGACUUAUGACGGCCCUGAGCCUUCCUACCAUCGGCCGACAUCAAGACAGAGCCCAAGUGAACCUAGGGGCCUGCCACGUCCGGCUGACUAUGGGCAGUAUAGCCCAUAUUCUCCGUCAAGAUCACGCACCACUCUUGAUGGUAAUGAAUCUGCAGAUGAAAACCGGGUUCACAGGUCAGAUCCUGUGAUUGUCCGACCUCGGGCGAUUAGUCCAAAUACUGGAUAUCACAUCCCAAGGAAAUCCAUUACGCCCACUCCCUCUACUCCCGAGAUUCAUUCCUUGGGGAGUACUCCAUAUGGACCGGACUCGUAUGAUGUCUUGAACCCGGUAACGAGUCCCAUGUACGAAGAUGAUCCAUUCGCUACUCCGGAACAAAGGCAGGAGCUGGCUCGACAGCGAGAAGUCGAAAAGCUACGAGACCAAGGACCCAUCAUUGGCAACGAUGGCCGCGUCAUUGACCCUUCUGACCAUCUGCCCUCUGACACUUGGGCGCCAGAACCGGAAAGAAAGAAUCGAAAGCCAGAGCAUGUGAUCAAGAUUCGGACGCGAGAAGAAGCUCGAAUGCACCAACGGACGGGUUCAUCACCUUCGUCGGUCCAGCCUCUGUCUAUCUCAACGUCUCCUAGUCAAGCCUCACCGCAGAAUCCAUUCACUUCUCAACCUCAAAUUGGCCCAACCCCGCCAGCCAAAGUCCCAUUGUCACCACAAGGUGAUUCACCAAGUGGGCGAAAUAGACUGAAGAAGUCCCAACCGGCCCGUCCUUUACCAGUCCAACCAUACCCACAAGCUCAGACCAGCCCAGCAGUCAUGACUGUCUCUGCCAAAAGUGCGACUCCUAAUCGCCCGAGUCCAACCACUCAUGCAUACACGGUGGGGUCAUCGCCGUCCGCGGGGCAAAUGCCACGGCCGUCAUCAAGAGACUACCAAAUCCCAACUGUGGACCAUCGAGCUUCAAGAGAAUUGCGAAGUCGGCCGGCGUAUUCGAGCUCGCCCACGAAGCCGUCAUAUCCACCGGCACCUUAUGCAACCGACUAUGAUAAGUACGGCGAGGACUCCCUGGCGCUGGAGCUUAGUACCAUUGAUAUUGGGCCAUCACGAGGCGGCAGGACCGCAUUGAGACCCCAUCGCGGGUAUCCUGGAUAUUAAUUGAUAAUCAAGGAAGAAUGCCACUAUAGAGCAUGUACCAUAGAGAUGCAUUUGGAAAUGCUUGUAACAUGAUGCAUAAUACCCCUGACCUCUAGCGAUAAUACAUGAAUGGACAAGAUCAUG